AGAAAGAAACCAGUUCAGGAGCGUCUGACUCGUCACUUCUUUUCUCGUCUCUGCGGAUCUUCGUCGUGCGCCGAACAAUGUCUGGGGUUGCGUCCACUCUGGCCAAGAAGCGGGCCCUGGCUGCGGGUUUCGGCUCCAACGCCAACGCGCUUCCGUACCUGAACCAGGACUUCGACUCUCUGCGGGCUCAGUGCUGCUCCGCCGGACGGCUCUUCUGCGACCCGACCUUCCCCGCCGAGCCCGAGUCUCUGGGCUUCAAGGAGCUUGGUCGGAACUCCCCCAAGACCCGGGGAGUCGUGUGGAAGAGGCCCACGGAGCUGGUUUCCAACCCUGAGUUUAUUAUUGGGGGGGCUACCAGAACCGACAUCUGCCAGGGAGCUCUGGGUGACUGCUGGCUGCUGGCGGCCAUCGCCUCCUUGACCCUGAACGAAUAUGUGAUGGCCAGAGUGGUUCCCACCAACCAGAGCUUCAGUAGCAACUACUGCGGCCUCUUCCACUUCCAGUUCUGGCAGUUCGGGGAGUGGGUGGACGUGGUGAUCGACGACCGGCUGCCGGUGAAGGACGGGAAGCUGCUGUUCGUCCACUCGGCCGAGGGGAGGGAGUUCUGGAGCUCGCUGAUGGAGAAGGCCUACGCCAAGCUGAACGGCUCCUAUGAGGCGCUGUCCGGCGGCUCCACCAGUGAAGGCUUCGAAGAUUUCACCGGCGGCAUCACAGAGAGCUACGACCUUCAGCGGCCGCCGUCCAACCUCUACUACAUCAUCAAGAAGGCGCUAGACGCCGGAGCGCUGCUGGGCUGCUCCAUCGACAUCACCAGCGCCGCCGACUCGGAGGCCAUCACGCAUCAGAAGCUGGUCAAAGGCCACGCCUACUCGCUGACGGGCGCCACAGAGGUGAACUACCGGGGCCGACCCGAGAAGCUGGUGAGGAUGAGGAACCCCUGGGGUCAGGUGGAGUGGACGGGGGCCUGGAGCGAUGGGUCGUCCGAGUGGAACUACGUCCAGGGAGAGAGCCCCCAUCAGAGCGCGGAUGACGGAGAGUUCUGGAUGUCCUUCACUGACUUCUGCCGUAACUACUCCCGUGUGGAGGUGUGCACUCUGACCCCUGACGCCAUCGAGGACGAGACGUGCCAUCCCUGGUGCGUCACCAAGUUUGACGGCACCUGGAGGAAAGGGUCCACAGCAGGAGGCUGCAGGAACAACGCCUACACCUUCCACAUGAAUCCUCAGUUCGUGAUCAAGCUGGACGAGGAGGACGAUGAGCACCAUGACGGCCAGACCGGCUGCAGCUUCGUGGUUGGCCUGAUCCAGAAGAAUCGCAGGAAGCUGCGCAAGCAGGGCGAGGACAUGAACACAAUCGGGUUCGCCAUCUAUGAGCUUCCGUCGCAGUUCCACGGGCAGAGGGACGUGCAUCUUCCGAGGGACUUCUUCUUGACACACGCUCAGAAGGCCCGGUCCGAAACCUUCAUCAACUUGCGUGAGGUCAGCAACCGCUUCAAACUGUCCCCCGGGGAGUACAUGAUCGUCCCCUCCACCUUCGAACCCGACAUCAACGGAGACUUCUGCAUCCGGGUGUUCUCUGAGAAGCAGCAGGAGACCCAACACUGUGAGGACCCAGUUCACGCUGAACUCGCUGACGAGGACGUGUCCGACUCAGAGGUGGACUCAGGAUUCAGAAGCCUCUUCAUGAAACUCGCCGGAGAUGACAUGGAGAUCUCUGCCACGGAGCUGAAGACCAUCAUGAACCGAAUCAUCGCUAAGCGAACCGACAUCAAAACCAACGGCUUCAGUUUAGACACGUGCAUGACAAUGGUCCACCUGAUGGACAAAUCGGGAGACGGGAAGCUGGGCAUCGGGGAGUUUGCUACACUGUGGAAGAAGGUCCAGAGAUACCUGAACAUCUACAAAAAGAACGACCUCGACAACUCGGGCACGAUGAGCAGUCCAGAGUUGAGACUGGCCUUGAAGGACGCCGGUUUCAGUCUCAAUAACGCCCUUCACCAGCUGCUGGUGGCCCGGUUCGCUGACCCGGAACUGACUGUCGAGUUGGAUGACUUUGUGGUCUGUUUGAUUAAGCUGGAGAUGAUGUUCAGGAUCUUCAAGCAGCUCGACCCUCACAACACCGGCUCAAUCGAGCUCACGUUCAUGCAGUGGAUUCAUUUCACCAUGCUCUGAGCCGAGGCUUCCUGUGCAUCUGCAGCAUCAUAUCCCUGUUUACGGUUCUGGUUUCUUCUGAUCUUUAAAGUGUUUCUGUUUUGUUCUACUUGCUUGAAUGAGGGUUAAUAUAAAGUCAAUAAAUAUAUUUACACCAA